UAGACAUGGGUUUAGUCAUGGCGUAUCUGCCAGCCUCGUUUCAAAUUCUUUCUACACGACUCACCAAUUUAGGUGCAGUUUUUCCAAUUUCUCUAAUGGCUCUCUCACUCCCCUGCUCAUGAUAGAGCGCAGAAGCCAUGUUGUCCGUGCUUCAUCCUCUCACUCCUCUCACUUCUUCUACUACCGUCUCUUUAAGCCCACCUCUUAGCUUCUCAACUUCCCUCUCCAACUUCAACCUCUUCCACUAUUAUCCUCUCAGAAACCCUAGCCAGGUAAUGUUGCUUCUAACGAUUUUCACCUCACCUAUGUUUCCUUUUUCUCUUUGCUUCUCUCUCUUUCUCGGGCCUAUAACUAAAGCCAAACGCAACCACCAAACUGUUUUUUCAUCUACUCUCUUCUUCUCGGCAACCUACUUGAGCUUUUCGUGUUCCUGCGUAAAAACCGGUGGUUUUUUUAUUUUUGGUUGCAGAAAAAAAUAAACGACAACUAUGCAGAGCGGAUUUCUCCCACGACGCGCCAUUCGGUGCCGCAAUCGGCGUCUCUUUCUCAGUUCGCUGCUCCUCCCGGUGGCUGAUCAUGUGGAUACGAAAGAGCUGGAAGGUUCAGGGAUUGACUCCACCGAUUCGAGAUCUGCGGUCAUGGGAAUCAUCAGUUUUAUCCCUUUCUUUAAUUGGCUGAGUUGGGUAUUUGCUUGGCUUGAUACUGGGAAGCGGCAUUAUGCUGUGUAUUCUCUUGUGUACUUGGCUCCAUACCUGAGGUCAAAUUUUUCGAUCUCCCCUGAUGAGAGCUGGUUGCCUAUUGCAAGCAUAGUUUUAUGCAUUAUUCAUGUUCAGCUGGAAGCAAGUAUCAGAAAUGGAGAUCUGCAGGGAUUUCAAUUAUUUAGUGAGGCUGCAAAACGAUUUUCAUCGGGGACUGAAAAGAAAGAAAUUCAUAUGAAGAGGCGUGGGGGAAUUUCUGAGGAGGAAAAAGAAGACAUGAAUCUGCCUCCAGCUAAUAACCAAUCAAGAAAUAAGAUUCAAUCAUGGGGAGGUCCUGAAAAGCCUGGAAGACAGGGUGAACAACUAAAUGGGGAUUGGAGUGAAGAUGAAAAUAGGAAAUAACAGAAACAAUAGAAAAAACAAAAAUAAUAGAAACAUGAGCUGAUGUUUGUGAAGUAGAGGAAGCUAAAAUACCUAGCUUUGGGGAAAAAAAAUUGCUUCUUUCCCGCAGCUAUCUGAAUUAUGGUUUCCAGUAAAAAUUGAUUCAAUCAAGAGAAUGGAUUCUUUAGUUCCAAGUUUAGCAA